UCCCUCCUUCUCCUCCUCUCUCAGCUGAGUUUCAUGUAUCUAGUCAUCAGAUCUGCACACACACAGAACAGGUUCAUCAAAAAGAGGAACGCUUCGUUUCGUGGCUCUUUAAGGCCUCAAUCCAGCGUCUCUCAUCGAGUCGUUCUUUUCAUCUACCCAUUAUUCCUGUCUAGUUUCUUAUCAAACCGUCUCUCGUUUGUAGACGUCAGUUAAUUCCCACUCGGCGCUCUUCAGAAAUGACCCCCUGUCACUUGAAUUUCUCGCACGCUGGAUUCCUUUUAAAUCACAGAACAUUGUAAUUCGCUAUCAUUUCCUGUUCCUUUUUGAGCUUUCUAUUAAUACACUUCUCUGCGUUCUCAUUAUCUGUCCGUCCGCCCCUCCAAAUUCCAGACUAAUCUCUCUAGUCUCUAGUCUUCAGUUAUUUGUUUGUCCCCUUUCCUGACCUCGCCUCUUGGAGUUUUUCCCCUCAUCUCCCAAGUAUUGUGGCUGUUAUGUGGUCCAACUUCUUUUUGCAGCAGGAUGACGACGGGAGAGUGGGUACGGGGGCUUUGGGUGGAGUUGGUAAGAGCGGGCGCUCAGGUAAACGGUCGAGGCCCCCUCGAAUGAGUGACAGCCAGGAAGGCAAGAUCAAGCUGGCGUUUUUCAUCGCUCUCAUAGGCGUGACUCUGACCGUGCUUGGCAUGGGCACGGAGUUCUGGGUGGAGCUAUCCCAGCCAAAACACUUCAGGAACAACCAGACGUGUGAGAUGGCACAUUACGGCCUUUGGAAAUCAUGCGUUCGCACGCUAUGGGUGACAGAUAUUGACCCAGAGAGAGAGAGCUGUGGACCUGCAGAACUGCCUGGAGAAUCAAACUGCACAUUCUUUAAACUCUACACUUCUGGAGAGAAUGCUGUCAUAUUUAAGAAAACGACAGAAAAAAGUUUGCAUAUAGCAGGUGCAAUGUUGGCUUUGUUGAGUUUGUUUCUGAUGAUCAUGGGCUCUGUGUGUAUCACUAUGUCUCUCAGUAAAAGCGUGCCCUUCUUCCUCAAGCCUGCUACCAUCUGCUUCGUCUUCUCAGGUAUCCUGGUCCUUCUGUCCAUCAUAGUUUUCCACCAGUCUGUGCUGGCGUUAUUGGCAAGCGAUCACAGUAUCCCUCUCCAUCACGAGUUGUCCUGGUCAGUGGCGUGUCUUGGCUCGGCUGGGGCCAUUCUCAUUUUUGGAGGGCUUAUGUUCCUGUUGCUUUCUCUCCCCUACAACCCCCUGGAGAAAUGUUUUCGUCAGCAGAGCAGUAGUGAUGCCUAGCUGUCAGAGGACUGCCAGCGAGUUAAGUAGCACAAGAUCUUUUAUACUGUUUUGCUGCUUAAUGUUAGGAAGGACUCUCAAAAGCUAAUGGUUUGCAAUAACUAGCAUUAGUCUGCUCAUCGAUAAAAUGAUAGACCUUAAUGCUCAUACACCGACUCUGAAAUUUGUACUGAUAUUUCUACGAUGGUUAUGUACAUAAAAUCAGUGACCAACAGAUCUGUUUACUGUCUUGAAAGGCUUCAUUUACACAAUAUGCUGUUCAGUUAUGCACUGUCUCUUUUUUUGCAUUUGUAUAGGAAACCUUAUUGAUUACAGACAUAUGCUGAUUUAUCAGGUAUCUGUGGGUUGAAAGUGUUGAUUUUUUUAACACACCAUCCUAUCAUUGCUGAAAGCCUGUUCAGACCAAGAAAGAUAACUAUAUUAGUGUCACAUAACAUUCUGUUUAUUAUAAGAGCACACUGCAGUUUUUUGCCUAAAUGCUGGAGGUCUUUAAAUUUGAAUGGGUUCUAAUUGGCAGUCAGUGCUUUUAUCAUUCAUCAGAUGGAAAAAAAAAUAUUAUGAAAAUAAUUCCAUCAAUGCUGUUUCUUUGUGGCAUUUUCAUUAUAGCUACGGUGUGGACUUUUCUCAUAUAAUUAGAAUGACUAUUAAAACUUGACAGGUGUAGUUGCCAUUAUAGUUACCGUCCUUGAUGCGAACAGGCAGCUUCAAUGCUGUUGGCUUAAACUUGGCAUGUGAUCUUCAUUGACCAGAAUUAUGUUGUCAACCAGCUUAACUAGUCUUGGAACCAGCAAACUAGCAUCACAACGUAAUGGUGGUGACCAGCUACAGUGAUCCCAAAAAGAAAUCUAUGGAUACAUUUAAAAAAGUGUAAAAAAGUAUUUUUAUAUACUUUUUUGAAUAUAAUUGGAAUGUCUUUCUACCAUUUUCUUUCAAAUCAAUGCUUCUCAGUUUGUUGAUUAACUGUAAAGUGAAAUAUUUGAGAUCACUAUGUUUUUUCUGCUUGGUUUUCAGUGAAUAGCCAUCAACCGACUAGAUAUCAUGGAUUUCGGUGCAUAGAUUUAAUGGGAUGGUUUAUUAUUUAUAUAAAUGUAUAUUGAUGCUUAAUACUGCGCAUACUGUACGAAAAAUUAUGUACGAAAUUGAUUGAUGUGGAUGAUAUUGGACCCACCGUUGAGCCACAUUUCUAUGUAAAUACUGUGUGUUUAUAUUGUGCUCCAGCUUUUCUUUAUCCUUAUCCUGAAGACCCUGUCCUUCACUGAACUUUCUUCUUCUUUCUUUCACGUCUGCUCUUCACUUGGUUGUUUGUGUCACUCUCUAUUCGUCACGCUCUUUCUCGUUCGCCGGUUUUGCUUGAGGAUUAAAUCUCUUUCACCUAA